AUGGCUUGUAGCACUGAGGAAUGUCAUGUGGCCAUCGUGGAAAAAUCGUCGACUUGUUCAUCUAGCUUGUUAGAUCUACAACUCAAUCACACCGACAAGCAGGAGAUUGUGUUUCGAGGACGGUCCGUUCGCCCCGAUCAAUGGCUAGAAAUUGCCAAACAAUGCAAAUAUCUACCCGAAGAGGAUAUGCUGGCUUUGUGUAAUUUAGUUGUCGAAAGGUUAAUCACCAUGCCAAAUAUUGUCGCUGUUGACUUGCCGGUGACAAUAUGUGGAGAUAUCCAUGGACAAUUCUACGAUUUGCUCGAGCUGUUUCGGACUGGUGGCGAAGUUCCGAACACAAAAUACAUCUUUAUGGGUGACUACGUGGACCGAGGACAUUAUUCGCUUGAGACGCUCACAUUGUUGUUUUGUCUAUUCUUGAGAUACCCGGACCAUGUCACUCUCCUACGCGGCAAUCACGAAUCCCGCCGUAUUUCAUCAGUUUAUGGUUUUUACGAUGAAUGCAUACAAAAAUAUGGGCACCCAAUUGUAUGGAAAGUGUGUUGUGAGGUUUUUGAUUUGUUGCCAUUGGCUGCAGUGAUAGAUGGUGAUGUUCUAUGUGUUCAUGGAGGGUUAUCGCCAGAAAUUCGUUCGCUUGAUAAAAUCGCGUUUUUGGAUCGCAACAACGAAGUGCCAGCAAAGGGAGCAAUGUGUGAUCUGAUGUGGUCAGACCCAGAAGAAGAUGAAGAUGGAUGGAUGAUUAAUCCUCGAGGAGCUGGAUGGAUAUUUGGAGAGACGGCCACGCGUCAAUUCCUAGAUGCAAAUGGUCUAUCACUUGUUUGUCGUUCACAUCAACUUGUUCAAGAAGGAUUUAAAUACAUGUUUAAUAAAUGUCUUUGCACUGUUUGGUCAGCGCCUAAUUAUUGCUAUCGCUGUGGCAAUAUAGCAGCAGUACUCGAACUGGAUAUUGACGGGCGAAGAGAGCCCAAAUAUUUUGACGCCGUUGCCGAAGAAAAUCGAAUAAAGCCUGAGCGUGCAGUGAUCCCAUAUUUCCUA